AUGGCGGACAAAAGCCCGGAGACCCCUCUCGCAAGGGAAAAGCUGCAAGGUAGAGUCACCACCUCCCACCCAAAAACACCCAGCCUUGGCAACGACGCGCAUACCAAGAUAAACCCAAGAUACACCAAAGCCAUGCCCACAUCUAACAAAUUCGCAACAGCACAGAUAAAGUCAGCCGACAUGACCGACGACAUGCAGCAAGAGUCCAUUGAAGUUGCUCAGGAAGCCAUGGCCAAGUUUACUGUCGAAAAGGACAUUGCACAACACAUCAAGCGCACCUUCGAUGAGCGCAAAGGUCCUACCUGGCACUGCAUUGUCGGCCGUAACUUUGGCAGCUUUGUUACCCACGAGACCAAGCACUUCAUCUAUUUUUACCUCGGCCAUUGCGCCAUCCUCUUAUUCAAGACCCAGUAA